AAAAAAAGCAAAAACAAAAAAAGUCCUAGAGAGAGAAAAAGCCUCUUCACUCACUUUCCCCGUUCGUGUCGUGGAGACAAAGACAACAUGCCACGUAGUUCGAUAAUAAUUACGACAUACUGCCACUCAGCCGCCUUCAGUCAAAACCGCGGUUGACUGUUUCUGUCCCUUCUCUCUCCUCCUUUAUAAAUUAAAGUCUCUCACUUCUCACAAUCUUCACAGCACAAACACACCUCAAAGUUAGCAUUCCUCUUUUAGUUUAAAUCUAACAAAAAAAAUUUAAGUUUUGUCUAAAUGGCGCCGACAGCUAAAACUAACGGCGGAGACGGCGGAAACAAAGAAAACCGUUACAGAGGAGUUAGAAAGAGGCCAUGGGGUCGUUACGCCGCGGAGAUCAGAGAUCCGACCAAGAAAACACGUGUCUGGCUCGGUACUUUCGACACACCCGAAGCAGCGGCACGUGCCUACGACAAAGCAGCUUUUCAGUUCCGUGGCGCUAAAGCCAAAACCAACUUCCCUCUCCCUUUCUUCGUCGCGGACAACGAGAGCCCUAGCCAGAGCAGCACCGUGGAGUCACCUUCCUCGAUCCCUGAUCUCAAUCUUGGAUCCAUCUCUUCCGUUGAUUCGAGAUUUCCUUUCCCCAAGAUUCAGGUCAAGUCAGGGAUGAUCGUGUUCGAUGAAGAGUCGGCGAGGAGUGAGUCGGACUCUUCGUCUGUGGUGGUGAAUCUAAUCUCAGAGAGACGAUCAGGAGUGUUCUUGGAUUUGGAUCUUAAUCUCCCUCCCAAGCCUGAGAACUAGUUCUUGAAUUUUAUAUGUUAUAUAAAUCGAAGUAUUAGUUAUAAACUUAUUAUUAAGUUGGUGCCAAUUUUUUUUUUUUUGGUCAGCAGAAAGUUAAAAGUAAUUUUUAGUGUUGAGAACGUUUUGUUCUCUCAUCAGGUGUUGUUUAUCAGUUUUAUUGUAAUUUUUCUUUUUAAUUUUCUGAUCAACAAAAAUAAUAAAUUUGUUUUGGCAUCAAUCUUUUGACUUUUAACGUUUAUUGUUAUUUUGUCGGCGAACACAUGUCGUUCAUUUUUAAAGAUAAUAGUCGGUAUUCAAUUGACAAAAAUCAAAAGAAAAAUACUUUAUUUAGUUUAUUGGGAGGGAUUAGGACAAAAAAGAUAAUGGGACUAUUGGUCAAAAAUAGAAUUUGGAUGCCUGUUAAACGUGACACUAAUAGAAUAUACAACUACCAUGUUAUCUUUGUAUAUAUGUGAUAGCAUAAGCUUACAUAUCAUAUGCGUAAAUCUGCUGCUAUGAAAUCAAAGAAGAAAUGUAGGUAAAGUUUGUUUCUCAAAAAUGAAAGCUAGGCGUUAUCAGGGUAAACAGAUAUAACUAGAAUUGGAGAUUGUGAUUUUGUAGUUAGUCUGAGCAGAUAUAUGAGUUAUGUUUUUUUGUUGGUUAAAAGUUAAAACAUAUAUAUGAGUUUACCGGUUGAAAGUUUGUGGCUUCUUCCAAGUGAUUUCUUUGUCUCCAAAGUUUGGGUAAACUUCUCGGAUGUUUCAGUAAAAGUUUAAAACUGGUAGUAUUAAAGUUAUAACUUUACUGAUUUCAUGUUAUUCUUAAAUAAGAAUUUUUUUUUUUUCUUAAAUGAGAAUUAAACUAAAGAUUCCUUUCUGAUUUUAUUUUGAGUUUUUGUGAUUUCUGUUAAGAGUUUUUCUUUUGUAGCUUCAUGUUAGUGUGAUUAUCUGUUUGUCUAGUUUGCAGAGCUUGGUCGAAAGUUUCUGUUUCCUGUGUGUUUAUUUUCUUGCUUGUAUUUUCGUAUUUGUAAUUUUGUUUUUCC